AUGUCUUUUAUUCAGGAACCUUUGUCGGACCUUGAAGAUGGAUUAGGACCUCAGACUGUCCCUAUUGAGCUCGGAACCGUGCCGUUCGAGGUUAUCAAUGAUUUCAUGAAUGCUCCGUAUAAUGAAUGGGAGGCUCUGAAUGGGCGAGACGACAAUGCCAACCCGCUUUUGAAAAACCAUGCCAAUGCUCUGGGCUCCACUUCGAAUCCCAGAGUCAUGACUAAUUUACAGGCCUCACUAAACAGAAAGAAGUCACGAAUUAGAAAUUCUAGAGUCAUUGCUACGGCCAACCAGAAUUUCGCACGACUGGCCAAUAACCCAAAAACCCAACAACCCGAAAUACUGUAUCAGCCCCUAGCCUAA